GACAACACCUGUUACAGCUUUUCUCUUUGCCAAAAGAUGUCUUGCUGCAUUAUGUGGCUGCUGGCUGCCUUCUGCCUGUCAACAGUUGGCAGUGUUCCCAUCAGUCCCGCCGGUCCUUUCGCAGGUAAUGUUUCUUUAAAUGCCACUACCGCGGGUGGGUAUGAGAGCACCACUGCAGCGACUCCAAGAGAUUAUGCCUUUUCUCUAAAUCCCACCAUGAAUACCACCAGCUCUGCUCCAGGUGGUGCAACUCCUUUAAAUUAUGCUCUGAAUAUCACCAGUCUUGCUGAAGUUGGUUUAGUUGGUCCACGAUUUUUAACUGAUGCCCUGAAUGCCACCAGUCCUGCUGCAGACUACGCCACAUCUUUCAAUGACACCCACAUUACUUCAAAUACAACUGGCUCUGCUCCAGGUGCUGCAGCUCCAGAACCUGAAUCUUCAAAGAAUAAGAGUGCAGAAACUUUGAAAGAGUUUGAUCAAGACAUGCCAGUCCAGGAGGGGGACAUUCUAAUUCCGGAGAGCAGAAAUGCUGUACACACUCUGUGGCCGGAUGCCACCACCUCUUACAUCAUCACUGAUGAACUGGUUUCCCGAGAGGCAGAAAUUAAAGCUGCCUUUAAGAUGAUAUCGGAUGUCACAUGUAUUCGUUUUAAGAAACGAGACACCGAGUCGAGCUAUUUGAAGCUUGUGACUGGCAAUGGCUGUGCCUCAUUCGUUGGUUGUCAAGGAGGAGCCCAACGACUCUUCUUUGCUUCAGAGUGCACCGUGGGGAACCUUUGCCAUGAGCUGCUCCAUGCUCUGGGACUGUAUCAUGAACACACUCGUGAAGACCGGGAUAAAUAUGUCACAGUGAACUGGCAGAAUAUUGUGGCAGGUAAAGAAAAUAACUUCAAGGUGAAGCAUGGAAACACUCAAAACCUACCAUAUGAUCUCGCAUCCAUAAUGCACUACGGGCGGGAUUUCUUCAGUACAAAUGGAAAUCCAACUGUGUUGCCUAAGCAGAGUGGUGUGGAGAUAGGUCAGAGGAAACAUCUGAGCCAGCUGGACAUAGAAAGAUUGAAUAAACUCUACAGCUGUGGUAAAUUGUGAAACUAAA